CCAUAUCCUGUCAAUACAGGAUACGAAGAGAGGAGAGGACACAAGGCGAGUAACUUGGUCUUCACUCUGCUCCUGUUGCAGGUCCGGCACCAGCCAUGCUUCUUCCCGGGAUCCUCACUGUUAUCCUUCUCGCCGAGCUCGCGGCGUCCUCCGAUGGUAACUUCACCUUCAACGGAUUCAGCGGCGCGAACCUGACCCUCAACGGCUUCGCGGCGAUCACCUCCGAAGGCCUCCUGUGUCUGACGAACGACACGCAGCAAGUGAUCGGCCACGCUUUCUACCCCUUCCGACUCCGCUUCGGUAAGCCUCCGUCCUUCUCGAGCACCUUCGUGUUCGCCAUCAAACCCACUUUCCCCCACACGAGCGGCCAUGGAAUUGCUUUUGCCCUCUCCCCCUCGAAGGAGCUCCGUGGGUCUCUGCCCAGCCAACAUCUCGGCCUCUUCGCGGACACCGGCAGCGCCAGAGACCAUAUCGUCGCUGUGGAGCUCGACACGGUCGAGAACGUGGAGUUUAAGGACAUCAACAACAACCAUGUCGGGAUCGAUGUUAACAGCUUGGUAUCGGUGAACUCGACGCCGGCGGCUUACUUUGACACCAAGGAAGGCGUGGUCAAGGGGCUCCAGCUGAUCAGUGGAGAGCCGAUGCAGGUUUGGGUUGAUUUCAGUGGCGAGGACAUGCGAUUCGAUGUUGCAGUGGCUCCUCUCCGUGAAUCCAAACCCAAGGCUCCACUUGUGUCCUCGAGGUUUAAUCUCUCGUCGGUCAUCUCGGAUACGAUGUACGUGGGCUUCUCUGCGUCCACAGGUGCGGCUACCGGAUCCCAUUACAUUCUGGGAUGGAGCUUUAGCCUCGACGGAGACGCUUCACCACUUGAUCUCUCUGCUCUUCCUCGACUCCCUGGUUCGCCAAAGAAGAAAUCGGUAGUCUUGGUCAUUUCGUUGCCUGUAGCCGCAGUGCUUCUGCUGGUAGUCGCCAUGGUCAUCGUCGUCUUGUACCUCAGGAGAAGGAAGAAAUUUGCAGAGGUCCUCGAGGAUUGGGAGCAUGAAUUCGGACCUCAUAGGUUUCACUACAAGGAUCUGUACCGAGCGACCAAAGGGUUCGACGACGAGAACCUGCUUGGCGCGGGAGGCUUCGGUCGGGUUUACCGCGGCGUGCUGUCGAAAUCCAAGAUCGAGAUUGCUGUCAAGAAGAUCUCCCAUGAGUCGAAGCAGGGAAUGCGGGAGUUCAUCUCGGAGAUCGUGAGCGUGGGCCGGCUACGGCACCGGAACCUUGUGCAGCUGCUGGGAUACUGCCGGCGCCACGGCGAGCUGCUCCUGGUGUACGAUUACAUGGCAAACGGCAGCCUGGAUCGGUUCCUCUUCGACGGGAAUCAGACACCGCUGAAUUGGUCUCAGAGGUUUCACAUCAUCAAAGGAGUGGCGGCAGGGCUCCUAUACCUGCACGAAGGAUGGGAGCAAGUAGUGAUUCAUCGAGACAUCAAGGCCGGCAACAUUCUCCUCGACAGCGAGCUCAACGGGAAGUUGGGAGACUUCGGGCUAGCGAGACUGUACGAUCACGGGACGAAUUCGCAGACCACCCACAUCGUCGGCACAUUGGGUUAUCUUGCUCCGGAGCUCAGCAGGACGGGGAAGGCCACCACACAGACCGACGUGUACGCCUUUGGCGCCUUCCUGAUGGAGGUCGCCUGCGGGAAAAGGCCGCUGCAGCUGGACGCGCCAGGGCUGGUGGAUUUCGUGCUCGAGUGCUGGAAGAUGAGUACGAUACUGGAGGCGAGAGACCCGAAGAUGGGGGACGACUACGCGGCGAAGGAGAUGGAGCUGGUGCUGCAGCUUGGGCUGCUCUGCUCACACCCGGACCCCAUGUCCAGGCCGAGCAUGAAGCAGGUGGUGCAGAUCUUGGAAGGCGACGCUCCCUUGACUGUGUCACCGGACGGCAUGAUCAGCAGCCUCUCCGCGCGACAGUACGAUGAAUCGUUCGAUCAUCUCGUCUUGUCGUAUCCGUCGAGUUCGGCUGCUACGCAUGUGUUACACUCAUCGCCGUUGUUCUCUGCUACUCGCUGAUGGUUCAUUAUGGUUCUUGCUGAUGAAGCCUUGUAGAUUUGGUAUUUAGAUGUCCUUUUAGAAUUGGAUGGAAGAGGGUGUUCAUCUUUUGUUUCGACUUGCUGCAGUGGAUUGCCGUAGACACAGAAGCACAGUGGAAUCUGUUUCCUUCAUAGUUCAUAGCUUCCAAUUCUGAUCUAGGAGUUUGCUGGUGCCACUCUCUCUCUCUCUCUCUCUCUCGCUCUCGCUCUCUCUCCAUGUGAUGGUAUUUCUGGACAACUGGCUUUCCUUUGUUUCCUACCUUUAUCUUGUGUUGGACAGACAAUGAGCUGGAAUUAUCAUACCUGCAGUAUAUUUUAUCCCCCAUGGAAUGAUAGAUCUGGUUGUGUCUUAUGAGACAA